GGAAUCAGUCUCUUGUUUUAUCCUGGUAUGCAUUAAGGCCUCAGUUAGUGUAUUGAUCAGGACUACUCUUUUUUGAGAUUGGUAAUUCGGUAGUGGGAAAGAAUCAGAGGACAAAUGCACUCAUCGAAUGCAAAGACAGGCCUUUCUUUGGUGGAGGCAAAAAUAUGUGAAAGAAUGUGAUUUCUCAGCCUUGCGAAAGAUUCACCUUUUAGUUGGGCAGGUAUUUCGUUGGAGGCAAAACUAUGUGAAGGAUUGCACUCAUUCAGCUUUUUCAGAGAAUAGUUUGAUGCUUGUAAUCAUUUGGUACAUCGUCACCUCAUCAGAACACAAUGAGGUGCAGCGUCAAGGUCGAUCAUCUCAGCCAUAUGUUCCCCGCCAGGCACCUCCCACAGAACGGCCGCAUAGAGGCCAACCUUCCCGUCCACAUGGUCUGGACAUACAGCCUCCCCCAGAAUGGCCACAUCGAGGCCAGCCUUCCACACCAUAUGGUCAUCUUAUGCAGCCUCCAUCUCCCACAGAACAGCAAUAUGGAGGCCAAGAUUCCCCAACACGUGGUCGUCCUGAGCAGCCUUCAUCUCCCGCAGCACAUCAAUCCCAGAAGCCACUUGGUAUGCGCAUGGAACCUCCCCUAGACAGGUCAAGUAGAGGCCGACCUUCCCAGCCACAAGAUCAGCCCGCACAGCGGCCACGGUACCAAGGUCAACCUUUCAACCAACAAGGCAGCCUUGUGCCGCCGCCCCGCUAUACUAAACCCAUAACUUGGUUUGUCGCAGUCUUCUGUGCAGUUUUCUGGGUGGUAGUGAUUCUGGGAGGCCUCAUUGUUCUCAUUGUCUACCUUGUUUUCCGGCCAAGAAGCCCUAGAUUUGAUGUGUCAAGCGUGACCCUAAAUGCAGCGUAUCUCGACAUGGGCUACCUCCUCAAUGCUGACCUCACUUUACUCGCAAACUUCACAAACCCGAACAAGAAGGUGAGUGUGGACUUCAGUUAUAUGGUCAUUAAUCUCUACUACGGGAAAACCCUGCUUGCCACUCGGUCCAUUUAUCCGUUCACUGCAGCAAGGACACAGACCAUGUUCGCAAAUGUUGAAAUGAUCGCCAGUCAGGUUGCACUGCCAAUGGAAGAAAGCCUGAGGCUGGCGAGGCAGAUGGAGAGGGACAGAAUUGUUUUUGAAGUAAAGGGGUUGUUUCGGACGAGAUCUAAUUUGGGGAGUUUCCUUCGGUACUCUUACUGGCUCUAUGGCAGAUGCCGUCUUGUGUUGACUCGCCCUCCCACUGGGGUGCUGGUAUCCAGCAAAUGCAAGACGAAACGUUGAGAGACAAUUUGGAUGGCAAAUGGACUUGCUCUGCAUUUGGCUUAUUUUCUUGUUUUUCUUUUAAAUUUAAUUUUUUAAUUAUUUUUUUUUUAAUUGAGAUUGAUCUACUUUCACUAUGGAAAUCAUCACUGCUCAAUUUAUGUUUAUACAUGUUAAUCUUUACAUUGA